AUGGCGGACAAGUGCCCGGUCGACCACGCUUCUCUCGCUGCUGCCUCUGUAUCCUCCUCCCAGUGUCCUGUUGACCAUACAAAGUCAACACCUGCUCCGGCAUCUGCCGACGCUUGCCCUGUAGACCAUACUACACGGUCAACCUGGGCCUCGCUCAACCUCCCGCAUUCCUCUACGACGCCUGCAGCACCGCUCCCUCCAAAUACACCCAACAUACUCUCCCAAGACCGCGAAAUAUCUUCCAUCCCGCGUGGUGCUUCCGACGCGCCUACAACAGAGCAGAAAUGGGUGUAUCCGUCAGAAGCGCAGUUCUACGCCGCAAUGGCACGAAAGGGUCAUAAUCCCCGUGCGAACGACAUGAAGGUCGUUGUGCCAAUACAUAAUGCGGUCAACGAGCGGGCAUGGUUCGACAUCAUGAGAUGGGAGAUGGGACGGGGUGGGGAGGCUUGUGGGGGUGUGAGGCUUAUUAGCUUCAAGGGGAGGCCGAAGGACGUUUCGCCAAAAGCGAAGAUAUUGUCGUUACUUGGUUACUCGCUACCAUUUGACCGACACGACUGGAUAGUCGACCGUUGUGGCACUCGCGUCCGCUACGUGAUUGACUUCUACACCGGUGCCGGUCCGGGCGCUUCUUUUUACCUUGACGCUCGACCGGCGCUUGAUGGCUGGGAAGGUGUCAAGAUGCGGGCCCAGGGCUGGGCGCAUGAGAUCAUUGAGACGGCUAGGGCAACUUUCACCUCGAGUCCCGCGAGCAGUCCUAGUCCGCCGAAGGCUUGA